GCAGCGCACCCGGACCUUGGCGGGCCCCUCGGAGUCUCAGGCCCGCCGGAGACCGGAGAAGGGGCCGCCUGGAUGACACCUAGCCGGGCGGUCCCAGCGAGGGUGCUAUUUACAUUAUGCAAAAGAUCUAAUCUGGCCGCCCGGGGGCGGAAGUCGGUUACCCCGAGUCCAGGGCCACCUCUCCGGAAAUCCACCAAGGAUUUUUUUUUUUCCCCUGGCAGAAAAACCUCCAGGCUUGGCGUUGUAAACAAAACCGGUCUAUUUGCAUAGCCUCUGUUUGCAUGCAUUUGUCUUUUGAGUUGUAGCCAGCAAGCCUGUAAAACCUGGCGUAACUAGGAUGAUUCACUCAGAAUUUCAACUUCAGCAUCCUGAGAACUGGGGUGGGGGUAGGGAGCAACGCAGAACUUUGUCUCACGUGGUGAACGGAGGCCCGGGUAAGAGGUUCUAAAGUCUGCAGCUCCCUGAUGGAACGGUCCCCGUUCCCAGCCGCGCCCCCGCAACUGUGUUCCAACCUUCCCCUCCCCCACCCGAAUACCGGGGCUCCCUUUCUGAGCUGGGUGAGGCCACAGGCACCAGAGCAAGGACAGAACCCACAACCGUCCAGAGGAAGGGUCAGGGGGUGCCACCUGGCUUGCACCUGUGCCUUGACUCUGCCCAGUUCCUGAGGAGGACCGCAAGCCCGGAAGGCCAAGGCCAACAGCCGGGUUCCUACAACCGGGCUCCCGUCCCACCCCUUUGAAAGGCAUGAAGCUGGGAGGCAUCCUGGCAGCUGCAAGUUUUCUAUUUAAACAGCCCAGCCUGGUCGGAGGGUGUCGCUCGGCCAUGCCAGGCGCAGGGCGGAGGUCUGGCCAGCAUGUUGCUCUGGGAGGCGUGCCUGCUGGGCCUGCAGCUCUCCCUUUCCUGCUGCUGGACUUUGGGCUGCCAGGGCCCAGAGUCCUCCCCUGACUUCAGCCUCCCUGGGGACUACCUCGUAGCUGGCCUCUUCCCUCUACACGGUGACCACCCAGAGGCGAGGCGCAGACCCACAGUGGCUUUCUGUGACAGGCCCAACACCUUCAACGGCCAUGGCUACCACCUCUUCCAGGCCAUGCGGUUUGGCAUCGAAGAGAUAAACAACUCCAGCACCCUGCUGCCCAACGUCACUCUGGGGUACGAGCUGUACGACGUGUGCUCGGAGUCCGCGAAUGUGUACGCCACGCUGAGCAUCCUGAGCAAGGCUGGGACAGGCUACGUGGACAUCCAAGAAAACCCUGCCCUCUAUUCCCCCAAGACCGUGGCGGUCAUCGGGCCCGACACCACCAGCCGCGCUGCCACCACCGCAGGUCUGCUGGGCCCCUUCCUGGUGCCCCUGGUCAGCUACGAUGCCAGCAGCAUGGUGCUGGGUGUGAAGCGGGUGUACCCCUCUUUCCUGCGCACCAUCCCCAGCGAUGACCACCAGGUGGAGGUCUUGGUGCUGCUGCUGCGGAGGUUCAGGUGGGACUGGAUCUCGGUGGUGGGCAGCGAAGGUGACUACGGGCAGCUGGGGGUGCAGGCGCUGGAGGGCCAGGCCCGCCGGCAGGGCAUCUGCAUUGCCUUCAAGGACAUCGUGCCGUUCUCCGCCCAGCCGGGCGACCAGAGGAUGCAGAGCAUGAUGGGCAGCCUGGCCCUCGCGAGGACCACUGUCGUGGUCGUUUUCUCCGGUCGGCAGCUGGCCAGGGUGUUCUUUGAGUCUGUGGUGCUGGCCAACCUGACUUCCAAGGUGUGGGUCGCCUCCGAGGACUGGGCCAUCUCCAGACACAUCAGCAGCGUGCCCGGGAUCCGGGGCAUCGGCACAGUGCUGGGCGUGGCCAUCCCCGGGAGGCUGGUGCCCGGCCUGAAGGAGUUUGAGGAGGCCUACGUCCGGGCAGAGAAAGGGGCCCUCGGGCCUUGCCCCAGGGGCUCCCGGUGCAGCACCAACCAGCUCUGCACAGACUGCUGGGCUUUCACGGCCCAGGAGAUGCCCACACUUGGAGCAUUCUCCAUGAGUUCUGCCUACAACGUGUACCAGGCUGUCUAUGCUGUGGCCCAGGGCCUCCACCAGCUCCUGGGCUGUGCCUCUGGCAUCUGUUCUCGAGGCCAAGUCUACCCUUGGCAGCUCCUGGAGGAGAUCCGCAAGGUCAAUUUCCUUCUACACAAGCACACUGUGACAUUUAGUGACAGUGGGGACUCGCUCAGCAGCUAUGACAUAAUUGCCUGGGACUGGAGUGGCCCCAAGUGGACCUUCAGGGUCAUCGGCUCGUCAUCGUCAUCAUUGUUGUCGCCAGUUCAGCUAGACAUAAAUACUACCAAAAUCCCAUGGCGUGGCGGGGACAACCAGGUGCCAACGUCCGUGUGUUCCAGUGACUGUCCUGAGGGCCACCAGAGAGUGAUCAUGAGUUUCCACCACUGCUGCUUUGAGUGUGUGCCUUGUGAGGCCGGGACCUUCCUCAACAAGAGUGACCCCUACAGCUGCCGACCCUGUGGGAAAGAAGAGUGGGCACCUGAGAGAAGCCAGACUUGCUUCCCACGCACCGUGGUAUUCUUGACUUGGCACGAGCCCAUCUCUUGCGUGCUGCUGGCAGCUAACACGAUGCUGCUGCUGCUGGUGGCUGGGACUGCUGGCCUGUUUGCUUGGUACCUAGACACCCCCGUGGUGAGGUCCGCUGGGGGCAGAAUGUGCUUCCUCAUGCUGGGCUCCCUGGCAGGGGGCAGCUGUGGCCUCUAUGGCUUUUUUGGGGAGCCCAUGCUGCCCACAUGCUUGCUGCGCCAAGGCCUCUUUGCCCUUGGUUUCGCCAUUUUCCUGUCCUGCCUGACAAUCCGCUCUUUCCAACUUGUCUUCAUCUUCAAGUUUUCUGCCAAGAUGCCCACAUUCUUUCACGCGUGGGUCCAAAACCACGGUGCUGGCCUGUUUGUGGUUAUCAGCUCGAUAACCCAGCUGCUUAUCUGUCUGGUUUGGCUGGCAGUGUGGACCCCACUGCCCACCAGGGAAUACCAGCGCUUCCCACAGCUGGUGGUGCUUGACUGCACAGAAGCGAAUUCACUGGGCUUAAGGCUGGCUUUCACCUACAAUGGUCUCCUCCUGGUCAGCGCCUUUGCCUGCAGCUACCUGGGUAAGGACCUGCCAGAGAACUACAACGAGGCCAAAUGUGUCACCUUCAGCCUGCUCCUCAACUUUGUGUCCUGGAUCACUUUCUUCACCGUGGCCAGUGUGUACCAGGGCAAGUACCUGGCCGCCGUCAACGUGUUCGCCAUGCUGAGCAGCCUGAGUGGAGGCUUCAGCGGUUAUUUCCUCCCCAAAUGCUAUAUCAUCCUGUGCCGUCCAGAUCUCAACAGCACGGAGCACUUCCAGGCCUCCAUCCAGGACUACAGCAGGUGCUGUGGCUCCACCUGACCACUGGUUCGGGGAGGGCCAAGCGGGAGCAGGGUGGACUUGAAGUCUCCGCUUCCCAGAGGGUCACAGGUGGAGCAGGGCGCUCAGGACCUGGUGUGUCCGGGAGGCCUUUGGGCUCCUCAGCCUUAGCUUGGGAAGUAUAAACCCAGGCUAAAGUUCAGUCUGGGCUCCGCCAGCCGCCAAUGAAGAGGUGAAAUGGGCAGAGCCUCCUUGCCUGCCCACUUGCAUCUCUCACAAGCGUCCUACCUUAAUAAAUCUAU